AUGCUCCGCUUCGUCGACAAGAUCACGCUGUCGUUUGCGCCCCUGAAUACCUCCUCUCGAUCUGUCCGCGCCAGCUCCAAGCCGACAAACGGAUUCCUGCAGUACCUCAACACCGCCAAGAACCGUGCCUCGAAUCCCAAGGCCGUCAUGACCCUCAACAUCUCGGAUAAGAUUGCACGACCUCUCGUCGAGGUGCACUAUCGCGACAAGCACAUUCUCAAGGUCAACACCGACACGCUGACAGCACAGGAGAUAGUCGCCGAUGUCCAGCGACACAGCAAGAAGCUGCAGCUGGCCGAGGACAUUAGCCAGGCCAGCUAA